AUGUCAUCUGGCCACGCUAUGCAGUCUAAGGUCGGCAACCCUCAAGUGUACUCGGAUGGUGACCAAAGACCCACUAUCGCCGACGAACGUGCAGAAGUCGAGCGAAUGAAGUCCGAGAUGGCCGCAGGGCAGAAGAACGCCCACGACAUCCAUGACCCCAAGGAUAGCCGCAACUUGCACCAGCGUGCGCAGCAAGAAGAGAUCCUCGAGCGCCAGCAGGAGCGUGAAGAGCGUGCGCGUACCGUUACCGAUCCCCUUGAGCCCGCGACGAGCCACGGCAACAAGCCUUCACGCGGAGCGGAGAUCGAUGCGGAGCUUCAGCGGGAGGAUGAAGAGAUGCUCGCAAAGAAGGGGCGGUAG